CAAUAAACCAUCUGACUAAGUGCUUUGCAUAUGCUGUCAAGGGGAGUGAAGAUGCAGCUAGCAUGAAGAAAAACUUGGAGGCCAUUCCUUGCCAUGUUUUUGGUGAUCAUUCAAGAUGUUCUGAGUGGUGUGGAUAUUUGAAAAAUCCAUCCUCAUAUAAACCAACAAGUUUGCCAUAUGGUAAAUAUAUGACAGGAGAAGAUCUGCUAUCUGAUUUAAAGACCAUAUUUGAAGAAUAUGCUGCAAAUUCUGAAAAGCUUGUUAAAGUGGGUAGCACUCAGACCAAUGAAAGUUUUAACCAUACUGUAGCCUCAAAGAACCCAAAGUCCAACUUUUACAGUGCUUCUGAGUCUACAUCAUUCAGAGUGGCAGCGGCGGUGGCUCAAAAAAACAUAGGUCUUCAAACACUAACAAAGGUGUAUGAAAAUUUGCUCCUUUCUCCUGGAAAGCACACCAAUUCCUACAUCAGUAAGGCUUCCAGGAAAAGAGAUUAUCAGAAGAUUGUUAAAAGCAGCGUGGAGUGUAAGAAACGUAGAAAGGAACUCAAAUCUGCAGCAAAUAAACAGGUAUCAACUUCUGAAGUUAAGGAGGGGACAACAUACCAGUCAGCAAUAGAUCUAGCUGGCAAUUUAGAACCUGAUCAUCUGCAGGAAAUACCAGACAGGACAUUGCCACCUGCUUCCUCCUCUGUAUCAAAUAAUGAGAACACCUUCUUAUUUUUUGAUCUAGAAACUACAGGUUUAGGUACCUCAUCAGAGAUUGUGCAGCUAGCCUGUGUUUCUGGUGAUGACAUCUUUAACAGAUAUGUCCUACCUAGCUGUGCCAUCACACCAUCUGCAACAGCAGUCACAGGCCUUCACGUUGUAGGAGGAGAACUUUUUUGCCACAAAGAAAAGGAAGGGCAAAAUCUGUAAGUAUGGAUACUUUAUUAGUUAAAGAUACAAGAGUCAUCUUUAUGUGAUUUUAAAUACCAGUGAAGUAUGUAAGUAUACAUGUACUUGUUAUUUUAUCAUUUUAUUUUUCAUUAACUUUAUUGAUGCUAUCUGCAUUUUUGAUUGUGUAUUUCCUCUGCUUUUCCAUAUCAUUUUAGUGCAAUAUUUGUUGUGUUUUCUUCUUUUUGUUUGUUUUUUUUGUUUUCUUUCAUUUUCAUUGUUAUAUUUUUAUUUUGUUGCUGUGUAUACAUGUUUGUCUACCUGUUGUUUGUGUGUCUUCCUUUUCCUUGCUACUGCUGUUGUGUGUUUAACGUGAUGUUCACUGUGCAUUUUUUUGUCCUAUCUUUCUGCUUCAUCAUGCAUUCAAAUAUAUAUAGUUGCUUUUUGCUCUAACACCUGUAAGCAUAUUUUCCUAUCCAUAUGUAACACUGCAUACUAUUUUAUCUAUAUAUAUAUACUGUAAAUACCAAUAAUUCCAUUUCCUUGAGCAAAAAAAAAUAUUUUUAGUUCAUAAAAUAUUAAAUAUAUGUAAAUUUUCAUGUAAAAGUACCAGUUUAUUUGGGCCCUACCAUAUUAAGAAAGAUAACUAGUCAAACCAGAUCUUCUGAACCAGCAUUUUUGAGAAUAUUUUUUGUAGAUUUCUUAAUCAAAUUUCAUUUCAAUUUUUCAUUUGCAUAUCAUCAAUAAUCAUGUGUAUUUUCUAUUUAUAGAUUUUGGUACAGUUUUAACCACCGGUUUUCAGGAAAUUGAACAUGAAUGUU